AUGCCUCCUAUUGUGCCGCUGGUUCUACUGACAUCCACGUGGUUGGCAGGGGCAAGCGGAACUCGCAAAUACAAUGCGUGUUCCAUCAUCGAGGGCGGAAAUUACCAUGCAGACUCAGGCGCCCUUAAUACUUCCGCUGAGAGAUAUUUGUAUGAAUAUUGUAACGCUCAUCAUAUUAGCCUUUCAACUGGGGUGUCCGGUACGGCCCUCAAGGAAAACAAGUGCUGCAGGGUGUGUUGCAACAUAACCGUGUAUCUCCCACCUUACGCAAAGCACCUCCUCUUUGACCAGAAAGCACCGUAUGGAUUUCCGUGUGGUGAUAACAAGAUUUGUGACAAGAAACAAAUGUGCAUUCCGAAGCCCAACGGAACAAUAGAAAUAGAAGAAACAGUUACACGUGACUGGAACAAUUUUGUAAAUCAUACUGAGUGGGUUUCUGGCCCUUCGAAAAAGUAA